AUGGCCGGGCUGGGGUUUUGGGGCCACCCUGCUGGACCUCUCCUGCUCCUGCUGCUGCUGCUGCUGCCACCCCGGGCCCUGCCAGAAGGACCUCUGGUGUUCGUGGCUCUGGUAUUCCGCCAUGGCGACCGGGCCCCGCUGGCCUCCUACCCCACGGACCCACACAAGGAGGUGGCCUCCACCCUGUGGCCACGAGGCCUGGGCCAGCUGACCAGGGAGGGGGUCCGCCAGCAGCUGGAGCUGGGCCGCUUCCUGAGGAACCGCUAUGAAGCCUUCCUGAGUCCCGAGUACCGGCGGGAGGAGGUGUACAUCCGCAGCACGGACUUUGACCGCACACUGGAGAGCGCGCAGGCCAACCUUGCCGGGCUGUUUCCUGAGGCUGCUCCAGGGAGCCCGGAGGCCCACUGGAGGCCGAUCCCAGUGCACACAGUGCCUGUGGCUGAGGACAAGCUGCUGAGGUUCCCCAUGCGCAGCUGUCCCAGAUACCACGAGCUGCUGCGGGAGGCCACCGAGGCCGCCGAGUACCAGGAGGCCCUGGAGGGCUGGACGGGCUUCCUGACUCGCCUGGAGAACUUCACGGGGCUGUCGCUGGUUGGAGAGCCGCUACGCAGGGCAUGGAAGGUUCUGGACACACUCAUGUGCCAGCAAGCCCAUGGUCUUCCACUACCAGCCUGGGCCUCCCCAGAUGUCCUGCGGACCCUUGCCCAGAUCUCGGCUUUGGAUAUUGGAGCCCACGUGGGCCCACCCCGGGCAGCAGAGAAGGCCCAGUUGACAGGGGGGAUCCUGCUGAAUGCUAUCCUUGCAAACUUCUCCCGGGUCCAGCGCCUGGGGCUGCCCCUCAAGAUGGUCAUGUACUCAGCCCAUGACAGCACCCUGCUGGCCCUCCAGGCGGCCCUGGGCCUCUAUGAUGGACACACCCCGCCAUAUGCCGCCUGCCUCGGCUUUGAGUUCCGGAGGCACCUGAGGGAUCCUGAUAAAAACGGAGGGAAUGUCACCGUCUCCCUCUUCUACCGCAAUGACUCCGCCCACCUGCCCCUGCCUCUCAGUCUCCCCGGGUGCCUGGCCCCCUGUCCACUACGCCGCUUCUACCAGCUGACUGCCUCUGCCCGGCCUCCGGCCCAUGGGGUCUCCUGCCAUGGCCCCUAUGAGGCUGCCAUCCCCCCAGCUCCAGUGGUGCCCCUGCUGGCCGGAGCUGUAGCUGUGUUGGUGGCACUCAGCUUGGGGCUGGGCCUGCUGGCCUGGAGACCAGGGUGCCUGCGGGCCUUGGGGGGCCCCGUGUGAGCCAGAAACCAGGGUUUUCCUACCCCCAGCUGACACUGGACCCCAACACGUAUGC